UUUUUGCGUAAACGUUUUUUUAAUUUGAAUAAUAAAUAAACAACAAAAAAUAACCAAAAAAAAAUCUCUCAUUCUUCUUUCGCGCGUAUAUAAACCACCCAGUCGAAAAAGCCAACUUCCCCAAAAAGAUCAAAUGCUUUGAAAAAAUUUACCCCAUCUUCUAGAGAGAGAAACUCACCAUCAUCAAAAACCAGUUGAACAAGAGAGAAAAGAAAAAAAAGACAGUCAUAUUUUAUAUUUGAUUUUGCUCAUUUGUACAAAAAGGAAAUAUUUAUUUUUUAUUUAUAUAUACAGUAUAUAAAAUCGAUCACCAAUUCGCCAUUUUCUGUCUCUAAAAAACUCACUCUCUUCUCUCUCUUCCCUCCCACCAUUCUCCGAUCAGAUUCUGGUGCAACAAUGGAGUCGGAAGGGACCCACUCAGAUCCAAACCCGGAUUGGGAUUCGGGUCAUGGGCCUGAAACUGGGCUUGAAGAACCGAUGUGGCAGCUUGGAAUGGAGGAGCCAUCAUCAUACCCGGAACGGCCCGGUGAGCCCGAUUGCAUAUAUUAUCUGAGGACUGGUUUUUGUGGUUAUGCCGAUCGGUGUCGUUUUAAUCAUCCCCGUGAUCGUUCUACUUCACCGGUGGUACGAAGUGGAAGGGUUAGUGGAGGAGGCUUACCUGAGCGAGCUGGUCAGCCAAUCUGUCAGUAUUUUAUGAGAACUGGGAGUUGCAAAUUUGGCUCUUCUUGUAAGUACCAUCAUCCACGGCAAGGAGCUAGUUCUGUGAAUCCGUUUGCGCUGAACAUAUAUGGAUACCCUUUACGCCCGGGAGAGAAAGAGUGUACUUAUUACAUAAAAACAGGGCAGUGCAAGUUUGGGAUGACAUGCAAAUUUCACCAUCCACCUCCUUCAAAUGUACCAGUACCUACGGCAGCACCUGCCACAGUUCCUCCUGCCUUAGCUUCGCCAACUGUUUACUCUACUCCUGGUCCCACUCCUCAGCAGUAUGGAGUGAUGACCAGCAAUUGGCCUGUUGCAAGGCCCUCUAUGGUACCGGGCUCGUAUAUCCAAGGACUGUAUGGACCAAUGCUGAUCUCUCCUGGGAUAGUUCCCUUUCCUAGUUGGGGACCUUACCCAGGCACUACCCCUAUAACUGCCCCUAAUACCCAGUCAGUGGGAGCUGGCCAAUUUUACGGUUUAAUGCCAAUGUCACCUUCUGCUUACACUGGUGUAACUGGUCCUUAUCAAGCUAUAUCUCCUUCUGGUGGUGGAACAACUAGUAUAUCAAAGGAACAUUCAUAUCCUCAGAGACCCGGGCAACCAGAAUGCCAGCAUUACCUUAAAACAGGAGACUGCAAAUUCGGUUCGUCAUGUAAAUAUAAUCAUCCUUCAGAAUGGGUUGUUCCAGAAACCAGUUCUGCCCUUAGCCCCAUGGGACUUCCUCUUCGUCCAGGUACUCCAACUUGUAGUUACUAUGCACAACAUGGAGUAUGCAAGUUUGGUCCAACAUGCAAGUUUGAUCAUCCAAUGGGAAAUCUAAGUUACAGCCCUUCUGCAUCUUCUCUUUCGGAUAUGGCAGUAGCUCCUUAUCCUGUUGGAUCUUCUAUUGGAACUCUUGCUCCAUCAUCCUCGUCCUCAGAUUUGCGAGCUGAAGUAAUUUCAGGGUCCAACAAAGAAUCUGCUUCUGCCUUGUCUUCCUCUGUGAGCAUAUCAAGCGGUUCAGGUGGCUCUGUAUUGUCAAGCGGUUCAGGUGGCUCUGUAUUGUCAAAAAGUGGGUCCAUAUCGCACUCUGGUAUCCAGCAGUCUAGUCAGAGCUCUACUACUUCCACUGGGAGUAAAGGAGGUCCUGGUGACGGAGGUGCUCCAAGCUAAGCACCAAACAGGAAAUGCUUAUUUUCCUCAUUUUUGCUUUUGUAGAUGAAAUUUCAGGAACCAUCAGAAGUCAUUCUUUUGAACAAAUCCGAGGCAGGAAGUCUAUCCCCUGCCCCUUAUCCACAAUUCACACUAGCACACACAACUGUCCACAUCUGUGUUUAUAGAAUCGCGGUGGCCAUCUUUUUUUCUUUCUUGAAUAAGCCAUCCUGCAGUCCCAUAUUCUCAUAAUAAUUAGGGAAAACAAGUAAUACUCAUCCAUUGAACAGAGUCCUAUCCCCUCCAAAUUACUAGAAUUUCCAGUGGCUUAUAAAUGAUCUCACCUCCCCCUUCCAUCUUUCUUCUUCCUCGAAUAUGAUUAUGACUGGUCCUUGUACGUUGCCAUUCCCUUUUGUACAUGGACCUUGAUUCGCGCCUUUCUUUUGCACUAUCCAAUACACGGAACAUGCUUCCCAGCCCAGCCUUAGGGCGUGGUAUGAUUGGGAGUUUCUGUUUGUUCCCUCACUUCUUUUGCCUCCUCGGGCAAAAUUAUUGCCAAAAAAAUCAGGAUCUGAAAGCAGGCACUGUCUUUGCUGCCUUCUUAUAUAUAGAGAAAGAUGAUGUGACAUUUAAUACAAUGUUACUUGAUAAUUUAUCAUGUCAUCCUUUUAUGUGAAGAAGAAAACUUAACUCUUAUUUAUGCGUUA